AUGGGCAAUAAUUGCAGAAGCUACACCAAGGCCAUCAUGCGAACAUUGAAUGUAAAGGGACUUACACUCUUCCAUUUAAAAAGUCACCUCCUGAAAUGUAGACUAGGUAAGCAAUCAGGGAAGGAUAUUGGUGAAGCAUCCAAAGAUGGGUUUUCUGGCUCGUACCUCUCAGAAAGCACUGCAGGCAGUAAUUCUUCACCAACUUUUACUACUUCUGAUAUGAAUGAGGGUUAUGAAGUCAAGGAGGCAUUAAGAGUGCAAAUGGAAGUCCAAAGUAAAUUAUAUCUACAAGUUGAGGCAGAGAAGCAUUUGCAAAUUCGCCAGGAUGCAGAACAAAGAUAUUUGGCCAUGCUUGAGAGGGCUUGUAAGAUGCUUGCUGAUCAAUUUCUUGGAGGUACAGUUAUUGACACUGACGGCCAGAAGGGUUCAGGGAAUAAGACACCAAAAAUUGCCUCCCGUGAUCUGCUUGGCUUUUACUCCUUGCAAAGCGAAGCAGUGGCUGAAGUGCGUGGCCCAGAAGAAGUAUCCUCUAGUCUGCAUCAACAGGGGGCUGAUUGUUCCUCUGAGAGAUGCCUAACUUCAAAUGAGAGUCCUGGAGGAUUUACUUUGGAAGGAUUUCCAGCUGGAAGUAAGAAACAGAUGCUGAGAUUGGAUUCAACGACAGCAUCUCUAAUUUGGAAUGAAGUGAAGGUAAAAACCUCGGGGGUUAACAUGAGCCCAGUUGAUCCCCAUGGGAUCAAUGGGUAUGGUAUAUGGAGCUGAAAACUCGUCCAUGGUCUUCAGCUCAUUCACUGAGUUACAAUUUCAAUUGUAAAAAAUGCUAAUGUGUUUUUGUCAACAGUAUUGACAGCAGUAGCGGCAAUCUCGAAAUUGUAGAUUUAAAUUUCUAGA